AUGCGAGGCUUCUCGCUGGAGGAACAGAAGAGCUGGGCCGCCGCCAUCGGCCGCCUCCUCUCCCGGUACCGCUUCCUGCUGGACGCCCAGGUGAUCGAGUUCUUCACGGACGACUUGUGGGGCAGCCUGCCGCUCUCCUGGCAGGGGGCCCUGGCUGAGCUCUCGCCCCCGCAGCUGGCCACGCUUCUUCUGGAAGGCAGUGCUUCCCCGGAGGCCAGCUAUGGCUCCGUGUGGCCCCUCUCCCUCCUGGCCUUCAAAGCGGCUGCCCAUGCCUUGGCGUUUCCCCGAAGACCCAGGGGUGAGGCGGGCACGUUGGUUGACGGGAAGCCGGAAGAAUUCCGGGGAAACCAGUGCCACAGCUCGAAACUGCACCCCCUUUUCCGGAAGCACGUGAAGCCGAAAAAGCAGCACGAAAUCCGGCAGCUGGCACAGCUUGUGAAGAAGCUCAGCGACCUCACUGGGUGCCGCCGUGUGGUGGAUGUCGGCUCUGGCCAGGGCCACCUUUCUCGUUUCCUGGCGUUCGGCCUCCAUCUGUCAGUCACUGCAGUGGAGGAAGAUCCCCUCUUGGUGGGCCGGGCAGUCAAGUUUGACCAAGAGCUGGUCCAGGCCCUGAAGAAAGAACGAGCCAAAAGGAUGCGGACUGCAGGUGACCUCUCUCUCCAGGGGCCAAGACACGUGGUGGGCCGGGUUGACCCCAGGGCCCCGUGGCAGGAGUUCUUGCGCUUGCUACAGCACAGGAAAGGCGAGGAAGGCCCUCCUGUGGCAGACGGCCUCUUUGCAGCGGGCAGAACCCCCAAGACCAGCCCUGGUAUCCACGGGGGAACGGGAGAGGAGGGCUGCCGAAAGACCGCGGCCGAGAGCCGGAGGAGCGAGCGGGAAGGCUGCAGGGCAGGUAGGGAAGCCUCAGUCUCCGGGCAAGAAGGGCCCUCGGGCGAGGGGCUCUGGCUGCUCUGCCCUGACAGCCCCCCUCCCCUGGAAGCCCCUGUGCUGCUGACCGGCCUCCACGCCUGCGGCGACCUCAGUGUGGCCCUCCUGCGGCACUUUGUUCGCUGCCCCCAUGUGGUGGGCAUCACCUCAGUGGCCUGCUGCUACAUGAAGCUGAGUGUGCUGGAUGCAGCUGCGCCAGCAGGCCCUUCCCUCUCUGCCGGCCACGCGGAGCACGGCUACCCGCUCAGCGCCUGGGUGUCUGGGCUCCCUGGCCUCCGGCUCUCCUACAAGGCCCGCGAAGGGGCCUGCCACGCCAUCGAGGGCUACCUGCCGAGGCUUGUGGGCGAGAGCGCCACCUUGAGGACACACUGCCUCCGUGCCAUGCUGGAGACGGUGAUUCGGGCGGCCGACCCUGCCAAGAAACGGCUCGGGGUGCAGACCAUCAACAAGUCCCACAUGCUGACCCCCAAAGAAUACAUCCGACUUGGGCUGGAGCGAGUGGGGCUGGACCCACACGUGGCCCUGGACCAGGCAGCCUUGGAGGCCAUGCUGGGCCAGCAGCAGAAGGUGGUCGCCUUCUUCAGCCUGGCCUUGCUGCUGGCGCCCGUGGUGGAGACCCUCAUCCUGCUGGACCGGAUGAUCUACCUGCAGGAGCAAGGCUUCCAGUGUGAGCUGAUCCCUCUGUUCAACCCUACCUUCUCCCCCCGAAAUCUUGUGCUGGUGGCAGCAAAGACGGACCUGAGCUCUGCUCUCGCUGCCUGGGGGGCCGAGAACAAGAAGGCCCAAACUGAGAACAGGAACGCAGUCCUGGAAGGGGGCGAGAGAGCAGAUUCCGGCUGGGGUGUCUGA